GAAGCCAGGGCCUGGGGCGACCCACAAACAUUCUCCUGCAAAAUGGGGAACACAGUGGCCUCCUCCUUCUUCUCGGGACAGCGAAGGGAAGGCAGCCUGGCUUCUGCCAAGCGCGACCACCACGCCUUUAGACAAAAAGAUCUGAUCACUCUCGGCCUAGACAGGAAGGACUAGCCCAGGGACGGUGACGACAAGUCCCAGCCUCCUGGGAGCGACGGGCAGAAGCUUUUGUGCUCGGUCUGCCCCGUACAACCAACAUCACGAUCCUUAUAAAGCGGGGGCUCCUACCUCUGGGAGCGAAGCCCUGUCACCUGCUCAUGUCUGGAAAACUCUUGACCACGCUGCUCAUCAAACCCGGAGACAGAAAGGAGUUUCGCUUUACCUGCCAGAAUCCAGAGACUCACUUUGUCAUUGAGGUCGAGAGGAACAUUGACUGCACAUCACACCCAUGUCCUUUUGGGGAGUUCGAGCUGCAGCCCGUAAUAUCGCUGUUGCCCCACCUCAACCGAACUUUCAUCUGGGACAUCCAAGCUGGCAAGAGCACCAGUCUGGAGCUGGUGUUCUCCAGGCCUCGCCUCAGGCAGAUCGGGCGAGGGGAGAGCUGCCCAGACGGAGUCACUUACAGCAUCAGUGGCUACAUCGGUGCCACCGAGGUCCGGAUCGGAACCUUCUGCAGCAGCGGCACCGUGUCCCGGAUCAAGAUGCAGGAGAGCGUCAAGAUAACCUUACACCUGCUGUGGUUCGACAACAGAAGCCACUCCGGCUUCAGCAUGUCGAGCCAGUCAUCCAUAAAACGACUGUGCUUCAUCGAAUCUGUGUUUGAGGGUGAAGGUUCAGCGACCCUGAUGUCUGCCAACUACCCGUUCAGCUUCCCCGAGGACGAGCUCAUGACGUGGCAGUUCGUCAUCCCUGCCCCCCUGCGGGCCAGCGUCUCCUUCCUCCAGUUCAACAACUCCAACUGCGCGAAGAAGGAGGAGCGGGUUGAGUACUACAUCCCGGGCUCCACCACCAACCCCGAGGUGUUCAGGCUGGCGGACAAGCAGCCCGGGAACAUGGCUGGGAACUUCAACCUCUCUCUGCAAGGAUGUGACCAAGAUGCCCAAAAUCCGGGGAUCCUCCGGCUGAAGUUUCAAGUUUUGGUCCAGUGUCCACACAAUGAAAGCAAUGUAACCUACGAGAUUGACUUGAGUAAGGAGCAAGCCAUGUCGGUCACCAUCGAGCCGAGGCCCGUGAAGCUGAGCCGCCGCUUUGUCCCCGGCUGCUUUGUGUGUCUGGAGUCUCGGACCUGCAGCACCAACCUCACCCUGGCCCAUGGCUCCAAGCACAGGAUCUCGUUCCUCUGCGACGACCUGACACGCCUGUGGAUGAACGUCGAGAAAACCAUAAGCUGCACGGACCACCGGUACUGCCACAGGAGGUCCUACUCCCUCCAGGUGCCCAGGGACAUCCUCCACCUGCCCGUGCAGCUGCACGACUUCUCCUGGAAGCUGCUGGUGCCCAAGGACAGGCUCAGCCUGGCACUGGUGCCGGCCCAGAAGCUGCAGCAGCACACGCAGGAGCGGUUCUGCAACAGCAGCUUCGGCUACCUGGUGGCCGGCGCUGGCCCGGGCCAGGACCUCUACUUCGGCUCCUUCUGCGCCGGAGGCUCCAUCGAGCAGAUCCAGGUGAAGCAGAACGUCGUGGUGACCCUGCGCACCUACGCCCCCAGCUUCCAGCAGGAGCUCUCCAGGCAGGCCCUGACCGCGACCUUCAUACCCUACUUCAAAGAGGAAGGUAUUUUCACGGUGACCCCGGAUAUGAAAAGCAAGGUCUACCUGAUGACCCCUAACUGGGAGCGGGGCCUGCCGUCCCUGGCCUCGGUGUCCUGGAACAUCAGUGUGCCCAGCGACCAGGUGGCCUACCUAACCUUCCUGAAGGAGCGGACCGGCCUGGUGUGCCAGACGGGGCGUGCGUUCAUGAUCAUCCAGGAGCAGCGGACCAAGGCCGAGCAGAUCUUCAGCCUGGAGGAGGUGCUCCCCAAGUCCAGCUCCCACCAUCACAACUUCUGGGUCAACAUCUCCAACUGCAGCCCUGUGAGGGGCAAGCAGUUGGACCUGCUCUUCCAGGUGUCGCUUACCUGGAGAACGCUAGACAUGACUGUCAUCCUCAUUGCCGUGGUGGGAGGCGGCGCCUUGCUGCUGUGUGCCCUCGGACUCAUCAUUUGCCUUGUGAAAAAGAAUAGGAAAAAGAAGAUGAACAAGGGCCCAGCCGUAGGUAUCUACAAUGGCAACAUCAAUACCCAGAUACCGAUGCAGCCAAAAAAGUUUCCGAACGUACAAAAGGACCAUGAUGCCCACGUGUACGCCGUCAUCGAUGACACCAUGGUGUACGGGCAUCUGCUGCAGGAUUCCAACGGGUCCUUCGUCCAGCCCGAGGUGGACACCUACCAGCCCUUCCAGGGCCCCACAGAGGACUGCCCUCCCCCCUUCCUCCUCCCAUAUUCCAAGGUCCCAACUGUAAAGUUGACCACAAAGGAGUCAUCCCCUGACUUUAAUCCUGAGUCUGACAGUGAACCGUACACCUUCUCCCAUCCCAGCAAGCAGAACGCAAGUGACGGGAACACAGACAUUCCCUUGCUGGAUGCCCACGAGCCAGUGGAGACUGGGGAAUAACUUGGACCCAUCCCAAAGACUUUGCAUAAAGCAGGGCGCUGAGACGCCCUGUAGGGUGCUCACCAGAAAUCCCAAAGAAGAGGAAUUGUAUGGAAGGAACAGCAGGAGGUUUUCCUGGACACCACCAACUUCUGAUUUCCAAGUGGACUCAUUCCGACGAUGAAGACGUUGAAAAUGAUGAAUUCUGGUCUGGAUACAGUCAUCAUGGCUCAUGUCCUUCUAAACUCAGGUUGCGUUAGAAACCAGCCCGUAAUGAGAGAGAAGUGUGAGCCACCCCAGGACAGGGUUGCAACAAGCCCCGGAUUGGGGUUUGGACUCU